CUCUCCAUCUCCCCCUAGAUUUGAAGCUUCUCCUUCCGUCCGUCCUCCGCUGGUGGUCAUGUCCUCUUUCCCAUUUAAUACCUCGGGAACUGCGCCCAUCCACAUUCCUAAAAGCUCCAUCGUGUGAACGAAAGCAAGUCGUUCAUUUCAACUAGAAGCACCCAUGUUCCGCUUCCUGAAGGAACGAAAACUCGUUCUUUGAAAAGAGAGUUAAAGAGAGGAGCAGAAAGAAGGGAAGAAACGGUGGCAUAGAAGGUGGGCGGUGCUGGGUCCUUGGGGAACUCUUGCUUCGCCCACAAGCCGGUGAUCUCUCUUCCCCUCCUUUGAUCCCAGAGUCCUCUUCGGAAUGUGGGUCUCCCCCAUCUUCCCUUUUGACCACCCUCUCCCAUCUCCCACAUGCACGACCCUCCCUUUUGGUUUAUAGAUCUCGUGGUACAUCUCUCUGGCCAAGAGCCGCAUCCAAAUGGGCUUCUCCUCCUCCUCCUCCUCCUCCUCUCCCUUCUUGAAAUGGGUGUUCAUCGCUUGUUUGCUGUGCUUAUUUCCCGUCUUCCGGGCCUCGGCCCUGUCCUGCAACCAAGACGACCACCGAGCCCUGAGGGAAUUCGCCGCCAACCUUGCCGGUGGCUCCAUACUCGCCAGCUGGUCCGACGCCGAGCCCUGCUGCAGCUGGGACGGCGUUGUCUGCUCUCGCCGGAGCAACCGAUCCUCCUCCAAUCCCGAGAGAGUUUCCGGGCUGCUCCUCCCCGGCCAUGGCCUUAGAGGGACCAUCUCCGGCUCUCUCGGCAAGUUGGACCAGCUUCGUCGCCUCGACCUGUCCCACAACCUCCUCAAGGGCGACAUCCCCCGGGAGUUCUCCAAUCUGAGCCUGCUCGAGCUUCUUGAUCUCGGCUACAAUAACCUAUCAGGGCCUAUCACUCCGGUCCGCGGCAUGGCGGGCCUUAAGAUGGUGAACCUGUCUUCCAAUUCCUUCAACGGGUCUCUGUUUGAUCUUGGAGCAUUGCCUCAUCUCUCCUACUUCAACAUCAGCAACAAUUCUCUGGCGGGGCCGAUCGGUCCCGACAUCUGCAUUGGCUCCCGGGCGAUUCGGGUUCUGGACUUAUCGUCGAACAUCUUCUCGGGGCCGCUCCCCGGAGGCGGCCCUCUCGAUUGCAACGCGACCUUGCAGGAGCUCUACCUCGGCUCCAACUCGCUCUCAGGUGAUCUCCCUGACUCCCUCUUUGAUUUGGUCUCCCUGGAGAGGCUAUCGCUGUCCUCCAAUGAUUUCUCUGGUAAAUUGAGCUCGAAGCUGAGCAAGCUUUCGAGCCUUAGAACGUUGCUUCUUUCAGUGAACCGGUUCUCCGGUCGCCUUCCCGAUGUGUUCGGGAACCUUACGAUGCUUGAGCAGCUGAUCGCGGCCUCCAAUUCCUUCUCUGGAAUUCUCCCUGGUUCCUUAGCUCAUUGCUCGCUGCUUAGAGAUCUUGAUCUUAGGAACAACUCCUUUACUGGUUCCAUUGAUCUUAAUUUCACUGGUAUGCCACAUCUUUCUUCUCUUGACCUUGCAACCAAUCACUUAAAGGGUUUUCUCCCAACCAGUUUAUCCACUUGCCCAGAAUUGAGAACCCUGAGCCUAGCUAAGAAUGGCCUGUCAGGUCAACUCCCUGAGGAGUUCGGGAAUCUGGCGUCCCUUGCUUUGCUAUCUUUGUCUAACAAUAGCUUUCACAACAUAUCCGGGGCGUUGACCGUUCUCCAACGGUGCAAGAACUUGACUACACUUAUCCUGACCAAGAAUUUUGUCGGGGAAGAGGUUCCUAAGAUCUCUGAUGGGUUCGAGAACUUGGCAGUCCUUGCACUCGGAAAUUGUGCUCUCAGAGGUCAAAUUCCCCAAUGGUUGGUGGACUGUAAGAGAUUACAGGUCUUGGAUUUGUCGUGGAACCACUUGAAUGGCACCAUUCCCGCUUGGAUUGGGCAGCUGGAUAAUCUGAUCUACUUGGACAUCUCAAACAAUUCUCUAAGUGGUGAGAUCCCGAAAAGCUUGACACAGCUCAAGAGCCUUGUUCUUACUAACAGCUCGGUGAAUGGGAGUUCGCUCGGUAUGCCGUUGUAUGUUAAACGCAACCAGAGCAUCCAUGGCCUGCAGUACAAUCAACUUUCGAGCUUCCCACCAUCUUUGUAUCUGAACGACAAUGGGAUCAAUGGGACGAUUUGGCCUGAGUUUGGGCAGUUGAAGGCACUUCAUGUCUUGGAUUUGAGCAAUAACAACAUCACCGGAAGCAUCCCUGACACACUCUCUGAGAUGGGGAACUUGGAGGUAUUGGAUCUGUCACGGAAUGAGCUUAAUGGAUCGAUUCCUGCAUCUUUGAGCAAGCUCACCUUCCUAUCAAAGUUUAGUGUGGCUCAUAACCACUUGCAUGGAGAGAUCCCAACUGGGGGGCAGUUCUUCACCUUCUCUAACUCCAGUUUUGAGGGCAAUCCAGGAUUGUGUAGGGGCACGGAUUCUUGUAAUACAACUAGAGUUAUGGGGUGGAGUCCUCAAAUUCCAUCAAGCACGACCAAUAAGUUUGGAAGGAGUAGCAUACUUGGAAUUACUAUCAGUAUCGGGGUGGGGAUUGCAUUUCUUUUGGCUGUUGUGUUGCUUAAUAUGUCAAGGAAGGAGGUGGGAGAUGCAGAAGAUGAAGAGGAUAUCGAAGACAGGGCGCACAGAUUAUCCGACUCCGGUUCGAAGUUGGUAUUUUUCUUUCAAAAUUCUGACUCCAAGGAGCUAACCAUCAGUGACCUUCUGAAAUCCACAAACAACUUUGACCAAGCAAAUAUCAUUGGGUGUGGCGGGUUUGGCCUGGUGUACAAGGCGUAUCUUCCUGAUGGAACAAAAGCUGCGAUCAAGAGGCUUUCCGGUGACUGUGGGCAGAUGGAGCGAGAAUUCCAUGCAGAGGUGGAAGCCCUCUCGAGAGCGCAGCAUAAGAACCUUGUUUUGCUGAAAGGGUACUGCAGAUAUGGUAAUGAUCGAUUGCUGAUAUAUUCCUACAUGGAGAAUGGAAGUCUGGAUUACUGGCUGCAUGAGAGGGUGGAUGGUGGGUCUCUUCUAAGGUGGGAGUCGAGGCUGAAGAUAGCUCAGGGAUCAGCGAGGGGAUUGGCUUACUUGCACAAAGUCUGCGAGCCCAACAUUAUCCACCGAGAUGUGAAGUCAAGCAACAUUCUGCUGGAUGAAAAAUUUGAAGCCCAUCUGGCAGAUUUCGGUCUGUCAAGGCUGAUUCGGCCAUAUGACACUCAUGUAACCACUGAUCUUGUAGGAACUUUGGGAUACAUUCCCCCUGAGUACAGCCAGACAUUGACGGCCACUCUGAAGGGGGAUGUUUUCAGCUUUGGGGUUGUUCUGUUGGAGCUUCUUACCGGUAGAAGGCCUGUGGAUGUGUGCAAGGCCAAAGGGUGCAGGGACUUGGUAACAUGGGUGCUUCAGAUGAAGUCUGAGAAGAAGGAAGAGCAGAUAUUCGAUGCGGCAAUUUGGAAUAAGGCCUAUGAAAAGCAGCUUCUGGUGGUUCUUGAGACUGCAUGCAAAUGCAUCAGCCCGGAUCCGCGGCACAGGCCCUCAAUUGAGCAAGUUGUUUCGUGGCUUGACAGAGUUGGAUCUGAUGCCUGAUUCUCUUAAUUUGUCAAUUUUUUCUUAUAAUAUAGUUUCUGUAAGAUUUUCAAGAGAAUGACUUGGAAGUGGUUGAGUCCAGUUUUGGAGAAAAGCAUGUUGUAAAUAAGUAUGCUUCUUUUAGUUUCUGUUAGACAAGAAAUCAAAAUAUAUUUUAACUCUGGCCUUCUUUAUUUCAA